UUCUCCUUCCUCUCAUAACGUUAUCUAAUAAAGCCACUACAGCAGCGACAAGCCCUACCUCCUCUCUUUCCUUUCACAUGCAAAUCAAAUAUCCAUUCAAACCCUAAUUCAAAACAUUCUCUCACCGCCACCGCCGCUCAUUUUCCGCCAUAUCCGCCUCUCAUCGGAACUUUAUCUCUCUCGAUUUCCACAAAGAAACCCUAAUUUUUGUAUAACAAGUGCCAAGAAAACCGAAGUUUAAUUUUAACGAUUUGGUUUUGUAAUCGAUUUGUCGAUAAGUAUAAAUUAUCACUUAAUAAUUUUGUUUUUUUGUUAAAUCUUAAUUUUAUAUUUUACCUUGUAAUUUAUCUGAUCUUUCAUUUAUUGAAACCCUAGGAAUUUGUCUUCGUCGUCGUUCUUUGUCCAUACGAUUUUCACAAAUUUCGAGUUUAGUCCCUUUCUGCGAAUUUACAGUUUUGUCCCUAAGUUGGUAAUCAUGGUGGGUGGAGGAAGCAGGAGAGAUGAGGGAUCGUUGGUGAUUAACAGCACGAACGUGUUUGCUGCGCUUGAGACAUUGAGGAAGAAGAAGAAAUCUGAUAAGGAGCGUGUAGGUUCGAAGAGCGGGAAAGGGGGUUCUAAGAGUGGGAAAGAGCAGCAAUCGAAGGAGCCUGAUCCGGAAGUUUUUUGGGCCCCGGCAAAACUUACUGCUAAAUCUUGGGCUGAUGUUGACGACGAAGAUGACGAUGAUUAUUAUGCUACGACGGCACCGCCUCUAUCUGUUUGGGGGUCCUCGGACCAGCAGCAGAGUGAGGAGAAAUCUGCCCAUGUAGAGGAAAGCGAGAGCGAAGAAGAUAUUUUGGAUGAAGGUGAUGAUGAUGUAGAGGAAGAACAUGACCAUGAACCAGAGGCAGUACAUCCUGAGCCAGUGGUGAAGAAGACCCCUGAAGUUCCUCUGCCACCCAAGGAGACAGAAAGACAACUUUCUAAGAAGGAAAGAAAGAAGAAGGAACUUGCAGAGCUUGAGGCCCUUCUUGCGGAUUUUGGAGUUGCUCAGAAAGAUAGCAAUGGCCAAGAUGAGUCACGUGAUGCUGCACAGGAGAAGAAAGAUGGGGAGACUCAUGAAGAGGGAGAUAAGAAGGAAAAUGUCGCUGGAGAGUCCAAAAACGCCAAGAAGAAGAAAAAGAAGGACAAGUCAGCAAAGGAGCCCCAAGAUCAGCCCACCAAUUCAGAAGCCAAUAACAGGUCAGAAGAAGCUGCUGGAACGGAGCAUGUGGAGGAGGAUGCUUCUGCUGUUGACAUGAAAGAACGACUAAAGAAGAUGGCAUCUGCAAAGAAGAAGAAGUCUAGUAAAGAGAUGGAUGGGGGUGCCAAAGCUGCUGCUCAAGAGGCUGCUGCAAGAAGUGCAAGGCUAGCUGCAGCCAAGAAGAAAGAGAAGAAUCAUUACAACCAGCAGCCAGUGCGGUAAAAUGCCCAGAUGGAUGGACAUAUGUUUCUUGUUGUUCAUAUACCAAUGCAAAAUAAACAGUGGGCGCCAGGCUCUGGCUUUGUGAAAGGUGACUUUCUAGUUGUAUUGCUUUGGACAGCAAAAAAAAAAAAAAAAAAAAAAAAGAAGCUUCCUCUUUGGCGUUUUGGAUCUUAUCUUUUGCUCUGAUGUCAUGGAAAACAUAGUUUUGGCAGUUUUGUUAAUUGAAAUUCUUCACUGGAAGGGUAGUUGAACUUGAAUUCUGUGUAAUGCAGCCCUUUGAAAUCUAAGUCUUUUCUUGUUGAUGGAUGA